CCCGGCCGGGGGGCAGCUCCUUGAGGCCCUGAAGGGCCUCCUGCUUGGGGGAGAGGGGGUGUGCUGUCCCUGCACCCGGGCUAGUUAGCAAUGGCUGCGGUGUCCUUGCUCUGCCUGGUAGACCCCACUCCCCUCCCAGGGCCGGGAUAGAACCCAGGAGUCCUGGCUCCUAGCCCCCUUGCUCUGACUCUACACCCACUCUUCUCCCAGAGCAAGGAGCCAAACCCAAGGGACAGUGGGGUGAAGGCACCUGCUGUCCGUGGCCCCUGGGCUCGCCUAGCUGUGGGGCAGGGUGUCCCCGAAGUGGCAGGUGCCAGGCAGGCUGGGCAGUCGCGCGCUCAGGGCCGGGGAGCUGAGCACUCUGCAUUAUUUCGGCUGCGCUGGCAGCAGAUCAGAGGUAACUACGUCUGUGCAGCUCCCAGCACCGUGGGAGGCCUUGGCUCUGGCUGACCCGGCUCCGGGCUGUCCCCACGCCGCCCUCGGCCUGUCUGGUGCGUCUGCCCUGGGGCUGUGAGCGCUGGGCCACAGGCAGCGUGGGUUAGCCGGCACACCUCAUGCCUUGGGCAGGCCUCGCCUUUGCUGUCCCCUGGGGUGGGUGCAGGGUCCUGCUAGGGAGGCCUGGGGGCCGAGUGAGGCAGGUCAGCAGGGCCCCUCCUGUGGGGCUCGGUGCUUGGACCAGCACACCCCAGCGUGUAGCGCGUGGGGGGCUCCCCACUGAGGGGGGUCGAGAUGACCUGCCAGGCUAGCUGGGGGUGGGAUGGAGGUUGAGCCACAGGCUGUGGGGGUAGAUUGGGGGGGCAGCAGGGGCAAUUUCUCCACAGCCCGUGUUAGGUUACAGGAAGCUAAAUUAGGAGCCUCCUGUGUCUCUUCCUGCCACAGCAUGGGGGAUCACAUGGACCGGGGCUAAAUAUAGCGCGGGUGGUACCUUGGCAGUGCCUGUCACUGGGGGGCCAGGGCAGGCUGGUCCAUGUCAUGCAGCAGUAAGGGCAUGGGGGGUUCCAAGGGGGACAGUGUAACACCCCCCUGCCCAGCUGCAUGGGAGAGCACUCCUUUGCCACGUGCCCAGGGCGGAGGGGCGGGAUCUAGACUAGCAGCAGGGUACCCCUGGCGUGGGCUGGGGGCAGCUGUGCCCCAGAGAGGGAGAUGGGGGGCAGGAGCCCCUGGGGAAGUUGGAACAAGUGAUGUGCUCCCCACGCUGGAGGAGCAUCUCUUCCCUUGGGCUGGGCUGGGCCGGGCCCGAGAGGCACAUUCAUGGCCCUUUGCUGGUGAGCCCCAACAUGCUCCCGGCUCCUCUCCGGGUCACCCUUGGGGUGGGGGGGUCCCUGUUGGGCCCCAUGCCUCCCUCGCCAUGGUAACUGUGCUGCAGGAGCUGGGUUGGGUUAGCUUUUUGGCUGUGCCGUGUCAGGGGGCUGCCCAGUCUGCCAGCCCCCUGACGGGAGGUGAUGGCCGCAGUGCCAGGGUGCCCCUGUUACAGGGAGAGAAUGAAGUAUUGUGCACAGGGCGCUGGCUCCACUGGCCUGGCAUGACCCUGCUGGGGGCAUGCGGAGCAGCUGGGAGACCUGGCUGGUUGGGGGCUGUGCCAGGGGUCGGCUUGAUUUGCCCAAAGGACGCUGUGGCCAGGAUCCCAGGAAUUGCCAGAGCAAAUCAGGCCAGGGGCCCAGCCAGCCAAGUUUUCUGCCCUCCGCAUCCCUCCUCCCCCGGGGCUAGUACCAGCUGCCACAUAGGUGGGACCAGGAGUCCCUGGUUUGGGGUACCCUGCCCAGGAAGGGUGUUUUCCGCUGAGCAGGUCUCGAGCCCUCAAAAACUGCUCUCCAUUGAGUGCCGUCCCCCUAGGAGCCAUUCCUGGACCCUGCCCCGCUCUGGGCCUCGCUGGGACCUUGUGGUGGAGAGUUCCGCUGGCUGCUAGUGUGUGAUGUGAAAUUGGGCUCCCCUCUCUGGGUUUUAAGUGUGUGUGUUCCGGUGCUGGUCCGUGGCAGGGGGCAAUGGGAGCAUCUCCUCGGCAGAGGCUCCCGUCUCCGGACAGUCCUGCCCAUUCCCAGAUGGGGACCAGUGUCCAGGGGUGGGCGCCCAAUCAAUUUGCAGUGUGACCCGGGCCUCUCGGUUCUCCUCCAUCUUCGUCCGUAACCCCCCAUCCCGCCCCCAUCCCUGGUCCUGCACCUGCAUCCGCCGUGACUAACCCUAUUCACCCUGUGCCAUCAGCAGAAACGUGCCCUGGCACCUUCAGCCUCUUCCUUCCCCUUUUGGGUCCUUCCCUGGGAACAUCCUGCCUGCCUCAAAGGGUCUGUGACUUUCCCCCUGCCGGGGGUGCUGCCUUGUUGGGGGCCGAGCAGCUGGCCGGGGCAGGGCUCCUGAGUGGGAAGCAUGUGUCAGGAGGUGGGGGAAGGGAGGCUGGGGCUGCCCCAGGUCCUGGGCAGAGCCUGUCUGGAGUCCUGGAAGUGUCUGAGAAACCAGGAGUGCUGUGGGGAUCCCGGGGGGGGGGGAUCCCCCUGAUUUUCCAGCAACUGACUUGAUGUCAGAGCUGGCCCGGGCCUGAGCAGGAAACAGGAAGCUGCCUCCCUCCCUUCCGGCACUUUCGCUCUGUCAGCUCAGCCCGGUGGGUCGUGCCCCCCAGGUUCCCUGGGUUCUCACUGACUCUGCGCUGAAAUCAAUCCAGCUCGGACCUGGGGGCAGCUCCUACCCUGCCCCAUAUUCCCCCCAAACAGCCCCGUCUCCUUCCUUCCCUGCCCCAAACAGCCCACCCACCCCUCCCUGCCCCAUAUUCCCCCAAACAGCCCACCCACCCCCUCCCUGCCCAUAUUCCCCCAAACAGCCCCGUCUCCUUCCUUCCCUACAGCCCCCCCAAACAGCCCUUGCCCCCAUGCUCCCUGUGACACCCCCCCAGUGCUCCCACUCCUUCCCCCGGGGAGGGGAGCAGGAACAGCAGCUCCCAUUGGCUGCUGGCAGCCUGGUUUCCAUGAUGUCACCAUACAGAGAGUUCUGGCCUGGAAACCGCAGCUCCCAUUGGCCACGCUGGGCCCAGCCACUGUGACAUCACCUUGUGGGUCUGUUGUAUGGGCUGAUCCCUGGGAUCCAGGUGCCUUCCCCCCCAUGGCGCCGUCCCACCUGACCUCUUCUGCCCCAGCACCAUCGCCCCGACCUCUUUCCCCCCCGUGGUGGCCCCUCACCUCUUCGCCCCCCUUGGCGCCGUCCCAUCUGACCUCUUCUGCCCCACCGCUGUCCCACCCGACCUCUUCCCCCCCCGUGGCGCCGUCCCCCCCAUGGCGCCAUCGCUUCUGACCUCUUCUGCCCCAGCACCGUCCCCCUCGACUUCUCCCCCCCCGUGGUGGCCUGCCUCAUCCCCCCUUGUGGCACCUUCCCCUCCCAUGGUGGCCCCCCUCCAUGGCGCCGUCCCACCUGACCUCUUCCCCCCCCCCCGGUGCCAUCCCCCCCACGGCCUCUUCCCUUCCCCCAUGGCGCUGUCCCACCCGACCUCUUCCCCCUACCAUGGCGCCAUCCUCCUUGGCCUCACCCUGUGGCACUCUCCAUCCUGGCCCUACCCUGCUCCCCAGUGAUGCCCCCCUGCUCCGUCCCCAGAUGCCGUGAGCCCCGCCGCCAUG